UGCUCACGACAUGGCAUCCAAGACACCCGAAGGAGAGCGUCGUGGCCCGAACGGAGGAUCAUCCGGCAAUGCCGCCAUCGCCAAUAUCAAUCCCCAGACGCCCGCAGCCGCCAGCGGACUGCUGGAGGGCGCACUUGACGACGAAGGAGGCGACGACGAUGGCGAUGGUGACGACGGCGCUGUUACCACCAUGAAGUGUGACAAUUCCAGCAAGAAGAAAAGAAAGAAGAGCAACAAGAAAAAGAACAAGACCUCGGGUGGGAAGAAGCAGACUACUCCGCCAACUGUUCCCGUGUCUGAGCUCUUCUCCGGCCAGCCUUACCCUGGGGGGGAGAUCUGUGACUAUGCCGUCAAGGACGACAAUCUCCAACGCACCACGGCCGAAGAAUCUCGCCACCUCGCCGUACUCGCAGACAUCGACGACGAGUGUCUGAACGACUACCGUAAAGCCGCCGAGGUACAUCGCCAGGUCCGUCGCCAUGUCCAGACUGUGGCCAAGCCCGGCGUGUCCAUGGACUACCUCGCUCGAGAGAUUGAGGAUGGUGUGCGUUCUCUGGUCAGCCAUCCAGGUAUCGAGCCCGGCGAUGCUCUCAAAGGAGGCCUUGCGUUUCCGACUGGACUCUGCCUCAACAACAUCGCUGCUCACUCGACUCCCAAUCCUGGUGCUAAAGACGUCAUCCUCCAGCAAGACGAUGUGCUCAGCGUGGACUUUGGAGUUCAUGUCAACGGCAGAAUUGUUGACAGCGCUUUUACUGUCGCUGCCAAUCCUGUCUACGAUAACUUGCUCGAUGCGGUCAAAGCGGCCACAAACACUGGGUUAAUGGAAGCCGGUAUCGAUGCUCGAAUGGAUCACAUCAGCGGAGAGAUCCAAGAAGUCAUGGAAUCUUACGAGCUCGAACUCAACGGCAAGACGAUUCCCGUCAAAGCCGUGCGGAGCUUGACGGGUCACAAUAUCCUCCGAUACAAGAUCCACGGCGACAAGCAAGUCCCCUUCGUCAAGACUCGCACCUCUCAGCGUAUGGAAGAAGGCGAUGUUUUUGCGAUCGAGACUUUUGGCACGACUGGCAGAGGUCACAUGCGAGACGACGUCGUAGUCUACGGCUAUGGUCGCAAUGAUACUGCAAUUACUGCUGGCCUGUUCGGGAAGUCUUCCAAGGCGCUUCUCAAGACGAUCGAUGAGCAGUUCGGGACGCUCGUCUUCUCCAAGCGGUACCUCCAGCAUAUCGGUGUCAAGAACUAUCAUCUCGCGAUGAAGUCUCUCAUUGAGAAUGAUAUCGUGGAGGUCUACGGGCCGUUGGUGGACAUCCCUGGAUCUCAUGUGGCGCAGUUCGAGCAUACUAUUCUCCUGCGACCCAACUGCAAGGAGGUUAUCUCUCGUGGAGACGACUACUGA